GCAGUGAUGUUUGCAUUUUACCACUAACCAAACAAACACCAUAUGUUGUUUAAUUAAUGAUUUUACGAGACAUACGUUUAUUAUCAGAAUGUCGGACGAAGAAGAGGACUACAUGUCCGACAAGUUCUUAGCGGGUCUACAGGAAAUACGCCCCAGCUUAGUAAAUAAUCGCGCCAAAAAACGUCAGAUUCAAGUGCAAACAAAACAGGAAGAAAACAGCAAGCGACAACGCGAAGAAGCCAAUGCCACCACAGUAGAUAAUAAGAGGCUGCAACAGUCUUUAAAUAAGCCGCUCGCAGCGGAUAACAAAGGCUUUCAGCUGUUGGCCAAAAUGGGCUACAAGGCAGGCAGUGGCCUGGGUAAACAGGCAGAUGCACGCAUAGAGCCAAUAGGCAUUAGUAUUAAAAAUGAUCGCGGUGGGCUGGGACGGGAGGCAGCGAUUGCUGAGCUGGCUGCCAAGCGACAGGAGCUGCGGCGAGAGCAUUUGCUGCGCAAAGCAGGCAUUGGAUCCGGCGAGGAAAUCAGCACAGAGGAAUAUCGCCAGCGAGCUACACAAAAAGCCGAAGAACGCAAGCUGCACUACGAUGUAAAGCGUUGUCAGCAAACGUGCGAGUCGCUGGAUCUGGCAGCAGGCGUUACAGAACCAGAUCUAGACUUUUUCUGGCCACCCAAACCCACAGAGCCAAGUGAAGAGACAGAAGCUGAGGCAGUAGUUGAAGCAGCAGGGCCAGUAGAGAAGGAGGAACAGUACAGUGCAGGCGAGCAGCUGGAGCUGCUGACCAGCUAUCUGCGCACCUCCUACAAAUUUUGUUAUUGGUGUGGCACGCACUACGAAAGCGCCGAUGAUUUGGACAGCAACUGUCCCGGUUUGACACGCGAUGAGCAUUAGCAUUGAAAUUAGAUCU